GGCUGCGUUCCCCGAAACACAAGGCUGCACCCGGGUUCCCGUCCACAGGGAGACCGAAGGGCACCUCUCCCCGCGCCGCCCGCGCUGCCCGGAGCCCCGGAGUCGCGACACCCCAGGGAUGUGAGUGCGCCCCCGACCUGAGGCCCGCGCUCCACGCUUAGAUCCGCGGCCUGUGCCCCAGACGACCCCAGCCUGCAGCCCCCGCACCUUCCUGAAGCCCGCCUGGAGCAUGUUGCCUGCAGCCAUGAAGGGCCUCGGCCUGGUGCUGCUGGCCGCUCUGCUGUGCUCUGCCCCCGCUCAUGGCCUGUGGUGCCAGGACUGCACGCUGACCACCAACUCCAGUCAUUGCACCCCGAAGCAGUGCCAGCCGUCAGACACGGUGUGUGCCAGUGUCCGGAUCACAGAUCCCAGUAGCAGCAGGAAGGAUCAUUCUGUGAACAAGAUGUGUGCCUCGUCCUGUGACUUCGUGAAGCGGCACUUUUUCUCAGACUAUCUGAUGGGCUUCAUUAACUCUGGGAUCUUGAAAGUAGACGUGGACUGCUGUGAGAAGGAUGUGUGCAACGGGGUGGCGCUGGCGGGGCGCGGCUCCUGGGCCCUGGCUGCGGGGCUCCUGCUCAGCCUGGGGCCCACCCUCCUCUGGGCUGGGCCCUGAG